ACGGGUGAUAUUAUUAUGACGAGUGGCAACGAGUUCAGCCGAUCAUUGACGAACACGGGUAACGUUUCACCCAAACAUCGCAUUAGCUACGCUGCUAGCCGUUUAGUUGCAGCAUUUUCCGUCGCUGAAUACUCUUUCGCUUUUCACUUCAUUCUCCGAUUAUUUUUGUCCUGCCUGAUCCUAACUAUGGUGAGUAUUCAAAAAAGUCUACAGUGUUUGAUUCCUGAAAUUCGGCGAAUUCUCUUUCGACAUUUUUACGUAGAGGAGCCUUAACUUUACGCCCUACUGGAGAAUUUGGAAGUCCGACUUCUGAUCCUGUUCGAAUCAAAGUCUUGAAACCUUUAAAGCGGACCAUUUUAGUCUGUAGUAACAAUGUUAUUCCUAGACUGCAGGUCCAGCUAGUUAAGCUAGCUAGCUCUAAGGGGGGGUGUCCGCGGUAAAGGAGAGUUUCGCUCAGGGUUUUUGUCUGACUGCUGUGCGACAGCUAACUUCGCUUACAGCUAUACUAGGAGAGUAAAUAAAACAGCUGCUUUUACGCUGAGUUUCCCUGUGGAAGCUGUUGCAGUUUAUCUCAAUCGCGUUGGUGCAUUUAUCACAUCACUAUUAACAUUUGUACAACAGUUGGUGCAUUUCUCAGAACAAUUCGGACAAGCUGCAAAACCUAGUGGAUAACCUGCAAAAGAGCAUCACUUGCUCAAAAUGAGUAGUUGAUUCCUCAAAAGCAAGUAUUCAUGUCAAUGGAACUGUCUGUGUCAUCAAUAUAAUAUGUCCUGACACCAUUGUUUAUGAACAAGACAGUCAAAUAGCUUUGUCAUGUUUUCAUUAUGACAGUUUCUGUGUUUUCCAAUGCAAAAAAGUCAGAUCUUGGUGACACUACCUGAAAAUGCUCAAGACAGCACCAUACACUACCUGUACAGCCAUUUGAAAACUGCAGUAAAGUUACACAUUACUGUAUUUAGUGAGGUAACUGAGUGCAAGAGACGUGUAUGUUUCACAUAUUGACUGCAUAUGCGCUUUGCAAUCCUACAGCAUUGUGCAAAAAAAAUUAAAAAUGAAUCACUGUUACAACGAACAUAAGAAAUACUAUUUUGGUAGAACUGUGCACAAAUGUUGACAGUAUUCAAGAAAUGAUUAUGUUAUAAAACAGCAGAAAAUUGUAUAAAAGUAACAUAAACAUGUCCAAGAGCAUUUGCAAUUUGUUCAGAGGAAUGAGAAACUGCUACAAUGCUCAAUGUUGUGGAGGUUGAACUAAAAGCUGUGAGAACUUUCAUUCUAAACUGAGAAAUGCACCAAAAUGACUGAGAAAAACUGUAAAGCUGGAUGUCUAAUCAGGUUCGGUUGUCUUCGCUUCACCAUGUCAAAACAAAAUCAGCUGGUAGAAGUUAGUCGAAUUUCUACAGUAGAUUAGUUGCAACAGUAAACUACGAUGUCUUUGGCCUCGGAUAUGAAACAUAAUUAAUAAAAUGUUACGUUUGUUGGGUGAGUGUGAGAGCACAUGCUGCUGCAGAAGCAUCAGGAUGCAAACAGGUCGCUGAAGUUAGCGCCGUGCUUGCAGCGACUGAAUGGGCUGUGACAGGGUAGGUUAUGGAAACAACGCCCUGAUCCAAAACCACGACUGCGAGACCUGUCAGAUGUGGCAUAGACUAUCUGAAAGAGUCUAAAGUGAAGACUUCAUAUCUGUUCUGAAUUGUUCUAAGGCGACUCAAGACUCUCUAAAAUACAGUCUUAGGUUUGUGAAAAAUGCAAGAAAGGGGUGAAAAACUGUGGAAUAUCCAUUUCGUGUACUCACAUACAAUAUAAAAGUAUCACAAUCCUGACACUGUUUGAAGUCUCUCUAGAUAAAUCUCUGGUAGAUUUUAGAAGUCUCAGUAUUUUGAUGUUGGAUCAUGACCUGGUUCCAUGUUGUCUAGACAGAAAAAAAGCUGUGAAAUUACCCAUUUUGUUCCUUUAGAAGUAGAAGGUUCCUCAAAGCUUAAGCUGUGUCUGUCAAGUCUAAAGACUUUCCCAAAUAAUCAACCCAGAACUGAGAAGUGUAGGCAUAGCAGUUUCGGUUCAGGGCCUGGUUCUCAUGACCUUACCCAUUAGCAGCUGAAUUAGAAGAUACCAACUGAAGCACUGUGGGUUCAGUCUGAUGCAGUGCAUUUGAGAAAGGCCUGCGACCAACACACUCAUACAAGCAGGAUUUGAAAAUGCAGUGCAGCGACCUGAGUAUACAUGAGCUACAGCCUCUAAUCACAGGAAAUUACACUAGAGUAAAAUACUUGUCUACUAAGCACUGUGGACCACUCAUUAAGCUCUCUGCUCCUUAAAAACUCUCAACACUUAUGUAUGGUAUUGAGUAAGGAUGCAUGUUUUUCUUUUCAGGACAGUGAAAUGUCAGAUAUCGACCAUGUACCAGGGCCUGAGACUAGCAGUAUGGAGGGGGAGAAUGCGCCUCUGUACUGUAUCUGUCGCAAACCUGACAUCAACUGCUUCAUGAUGUAAGUAAAUAACAGCAAAGCAGUUAUUAAAAUCACACUUUUACUGCAAAGACAUUCGAUAAUGCUCAUAUGAAUUUUGUUUUUUUUCUUUGACUGACAGUGGCUGUGAUAACUGUAACGAGUGGUUUCAUGGUCACUGCAUUAACAUUAGUGAGAAGGCCGCCAAGGCAAUCCGAGAAUGGUACUGCAUGAGAUGCAGAGGUGAUGAGACUUUUUUUUUUUUUUUGCCGUCUUUUACAUAAGAUGUACUAGAAAUCCUGAAACUAAACAACAUUUUUCUCACUCUCACCAGAUGAAAACUCCUCCCUGGAAAUAAAGUAUAGGUCAAAGAAAAACAGAGAGAAAGAAGCUGAGUAUGACAGAAAUGAAAAAUCCUACAGCACCCCGAGUACCCCAGACUAUAAGAGCGACCGGCGGCGUGGAUCAAAGGUAAGCUAAAAGAGUGACCAAGGUUGCGACAAGUACACACAUUUAUAACACUAAUUCACUAAUGUUUUUAACAGCAUCAUUGUGAGAUUCAAACACUGAAAACAGUUGCUUUGUGUCGAAUUCCCAACCACUCGUUAUCAAGCUUUGGUUGAAUAUCUCUGGAUGCAUCUGUUGCCAUCAUCCAUUGUCUGAUUUUCUCAGGUAAAGCGUUCAGUCCGAAUGUGUGGGGAGUGUGAGCCCUGCAGAAGGACUGAGGACUGUGCCCAGUGUGACUUCUGCAAGGACAUGAAAAAGUUUGGAGGCCCAAACAAAAUUAGACAGAAGUGCAGGUUUAGGCAGUGUGAGGUUCGAGCGAGGGUAAGUUACUGUUUUUUUAUACUUUAUUUCUAGACAUUGUGUAUGUCAGAAGCGUCUUGCACAUUGCAAUCCAGCAACAGUGCUGAAUCAGAGUUCUGCCAUCAUUUAACCUUUGCACUUACACACUGCAGCCUGUAAAGACGUAAUAUUUUUGUCCAAGUGUAACAUUACACAUCACAUUGUGUCGUUGUGAGAGUGCAAGAGGCACGGCAAGCAGGAGCUUCACACUCACACCUUGAAAUGGCAGUAUGUAAAGAUCGAGUUUAUUCAAGCAACAAGGAUCCUUUACCAGAAUGUUUGUUUGUUGCAGGAGAGGUAUCAUUCAUUGACAAAGGGGUACCAGCUCCAUGAUAUACAAUACCUAAUCAAGGAGAAACCUAACACAUCAGUCCUUUAUUUAAACCCCAAAGCAUGUAGUCCUUAGUGAUCUCUGAUGUGUUUGUGCAUUUCUUUGUAGCUGCUUUGACAAUGUGCUCAAUGCUGUUUUUUAUACACAGAAAAUGUUGCGUGUGAAGGAUGAAGAGCUCUCUUUGCAAGAAAGGAGAGACAAUUCCUACCACAGACGAAGACGGUACUCUGACGACUAUGACAGUGAAGCAGAACUCUACCAGCAGUACAAGGAUGCAGGACUCACCAACAACAUGGUAGAGAAAAAUUGAUGCAACAAAAUCGCUACUUUGAGUCACACCUGUUCAGCAGCUGAAUUUGCACACUUUCAACUUAAACUUUGUCAUCCAGAGGAAAUUUGUUUUGCACCAACAUCUGGUAAAGAGGAGGCAUAAAAAAAAUCAAGACAUAUCUGUAUAGAGAAAUCAACUGACCAAAACUGGGACAUUAUUCCAACAUUAUAGAACUGUUAUUAAAACAAACAGCAGUUGUGAAAGAGCAUCAAAGUGUUCCAGACUUCUAAUCAUCAGAGUUCAGUAGCUUGAUGGCCUGAGUUAUAAAAUGAAUGUUCACUUUGUUGGACACCUUGAUAACUUUCAGGUGUUUUUUGUGCCCCAUUCGUACAGACAUGGGCCAGUGAUGACGAUGAUGAACCUCCUUUCAGUCCUGUCAUGCGCAAGAAAGCAGUGAAGGUGAAGCAUGUCAAAAGGCGUGAAAAAAAGUUCGACAAAAAAGUGAGUACCGCCAGGUUAACAUUGUACAUAACAGGAAUAAAGACGGUAAAAUCCUGUUUACUUAAUCCUGUUUUUUUUUUUUUUUUUAACUAUGUAGAAGGAGGCACGACGCCACAAGCAGAAGCAGAAGCACAAAGACAGAACCAAAUAUAGUGAUAAGGGAGACCUCCGGGAUAGCACAGGGCAGCGUCAGUGUUUGGGGCCAAACUGUGUGGAAGCAGCAAGACCAAACUCCAAAUACUGCUCUGAGGACUGUGGCAUGAAGUUGGCAGCCAAGUAAGAACUCAUGCUUGUACCUGUUUAUUCUGUGAGGGCAGAAACAUGACUCAGAACAAACUUUUAACAGACCAAAUCAACAUCAUCAUUGAGUUUAGAUAGACUACAUGAACUGUUUGUUCAUCACAUCAAUCACAUGAUAGCACUAUUGCUCCACCUAGUGCUAGGACAUUAUAAUGCCUCUGCUUUUUUUUAGUAUGUACAGCAUGUUUUUGUAUCUUUAUGUGAAAAGCUGGUUUGUAGUAGUGACUGAGGAACCAGAAUCUUUGCAUUUUGAUCCACAGCCGGAUCUAUGAGAUCCUUCCUCAACGCAUCCAGCAGUGGCAGCAGAGUCCGUGUAUCGCCGAGGAGCAUGGUAAGAAGCAACUUGAGCGCAUCCGUAAAGAACAGCAGAAUGCCCGGCUGCGUCUCACAGAUAUGGAGCGACGCUUUCAUGAACUGGAGGGCAUCAUUGCUAAGGCCAAGCAGCAGGCGGUUCAGCAGGAUGAGGAGGUGAGCUGACAUUGGCAACUGGUUAAGUGCUUUUUCUGUUCAGUAGCAACCUUUGCCUCCAGGUCCAGAGACAAAGAUGCAGACAGGGCCAGCUUUAGGAAAGUCUGUAUUUAUUUCAAGCUACUACCAGAGAUCAGAUAGUAAAAAGUAUCUUUUAUAUGUGCUUGCAGGUGAAUGAAGGUGAUAGUGAGGACACAGACCUGCAGAUUUUCUGUGUCUCUUGUAGCCAUCCAGUCAAUCCAAAAGUGGCGUUGAGACAUAUGGAGAGAUGUUAUGCAAAGGUAUGGAUUUUUUUUAAAUUGCUGUUUCUGCUUCAAAUAACUGAUGAAAGCUUUUUCAAAAUCAUGUUUGUUGCACAUAACUUUCCUUUUUCCUGAUCAUUCCUUACAGUACGAGAGUCAGACAUCCUUUGGCUCCAUGUAUCCUACAAGAAUAGAAGGGUAAGAAAAAGAAAUCCUUUGAUUGAAGACAUCAUCUUUCAGACUGUCGCUUUACUGAUUCUUUUUUCCGCAGAGCAACCAGACUCUUCUGUGAUGUGUACAAUCCCCAAAGCAAGACUUAUUGUAAGAGGCUUCAGGUUUUGUGUCCAGAACACUCCAGAGAUCCUAAGGUCAGUAUGAAUCCCUCAAUCAUUUAAGAUAUAAAGGUAGACCCUAAGGCUUUAAAGGGAUCACUCCAAACUUCUUAAAACAUUAAAAAAUAGUAACAUACCCACCUGAAAAGCAGUAUUGGAAGAGUCAAAUUUUCUUUUUCUUUUUUUGUUUUGUUUGAUGACUAGAUCCCAGUGGAUGAGGUGUGCGGAUGUCCUCUGGUCAAAAAUGUGUUUGAGCUGACUGGAGAUUACUGCAGGGUUUCCAAAAGAAAAUGCAACAAACAUUACAACUGGGAAAAGCUGAGGAGAGCAGAGGUUGACCUAGAAAGGGUCAGAGUGGUAAGUUGCACUGUGCUACCAGCUGAUGUUAAAAAAUUUACAUAUUCCUUUAGAAAUUAAACGUAUUACUUAGUAGGACAAUCUUAUAGCGAUGUGUUCUUUACCCUCAGUGGUACAAGUUGGACGAGCUCUUUGAACAAGAGCGUAACGUCAGGACUGCAAUGACCAACAGAGCUGGUCUGCUCGCUCUGAUGCUGCACCAAACUAUUCAACAUGAUCCCUUGACGACCGAUCUCAGGAGUAACAAGGACAGGUAGUUAAACCUGCCUGCAUUUGAGGACCUUUGUAUAUAACAUGGCUUUAAACUUUUACAACGAUAACUACAAUUUGAAUGAAAACCGGCUUUUAUAACUCUAUAAUUAUUUUAAAAUCUUUCUAUAAGUGUUAACUUUAAGGAGUCAACAGAUUUCUAUUUUUCUGAUGGGUAGAUUAACUGCUGUUUUGAGACUUCAUUUUUGUAUGAUUGCCAUGAAUAAACAACUAAAAUGUGUGCAAGGAUA